AAGAAUUCACGGCAUUAUUAACUAAAAUCGAAGCCGUUCUCAACUCGCGGCCCCUCACGGUUCUCUCGCAAGAUCCCUCCGAUUUCACAGCCCCAGCUCCAGAGCAUUUUCUAAAAGGAGCACCCAUUCUGGCCACCUGAGUCAGGCCUGGAGUUGCUAUCGUUACUAAAUAGAUGGGAAAGAAUUAAAAUUCAAUCUGGAAAGUUAACCAGACCGCUCGUUAAACUAUACUUUUUACCGACCGCUGAUACCAUCGAAACGUUAACGAUAAAACCCUCAAAUAAACCCGAUAUAAUAAAUAUUUUAAAAUAACAAACAAAACAACCUAAUGGUCGAUCAACUUGACGAUAUAUAAAUUGUACAUCAAAUUCAAUAAAAUACAUUUUGUAAAAUUUCUUGCGGAAUUCUGUGUUGCCUUGUUUUUAUAUAAUUUUCCGAACGGUGAGUGCGAGGAAAUUACUCAACACUAUGUUUAUUCGUUCAGCUGCUGAUUUUAGUCGGAAAUCGUCAUGUUGAAUUUUCCCAACGUCGUCAUCUGUGAUUACUUGGAUUAAUCGAUUUGUUGAAGCGUCACGUAGUUUAUAGUUGUAAACUUAGCGGUUAGGGCUUUGGAAGUUUAUACUAUGUUCACAUAUAAGCAGGUUAGCCAGGUUAGCUAGGUUAACUAGGUUAUCUUGUAACCUACCCAUAAAAUGCGAGGUUAGCCAUAUAAUUUGUAUGAAAAGAUAACCUCGGUCUGCUCUAUAACCUACGCGGUUAUUUUAUAACCUACUAAAAUAUGCAUUGUUGCAUUGGAAAGCAGUCGAAAUAUACUCGAAAUUGCGACACUUCAGUAUCUAUUGUGAAUAUUUUUGCUUAAAUUUGACAGCAACUGACAAAAAAUUCGCAGGAAUUUAAAAGAUGGAGCAAAUAAAUCGGUAAGCAUAAAUUUUAAUUUAUAUAUUUUUAUUUUAUAUGCGUACAAAUAUACUUAUAUAAAAUAAUUUUAUUAAAUUGUAAUUACGAAAAGGAAAAACCGUGUUAAAUGGACAAUAGAUGCAGAGAAAUUGCUGCUAUUGCACUGGGCAGAUAGCAUAGACGAAUUACGAAGCGCGAAAAAAAAUUUUCAUAUCUUUGCGCGUUUGGAAAAGGAAUUUUCAAAAAGGCAGAUGAACUACAGUGCAGCUGAAAUAAAGGAAAAAGUCCAUAAUUUUACCAAUCGAUACAAAUUAGAAAAGAAUGCGGUGGGUAUGACUGGUGGUUCGCCUUCCUCUUGGAUCCACUACAAGGAGGUGGAAGAAAUACUCAGUGGUAAUAAGGCAGUAAAUUUCAAAGAACUCAUGCAAGAGAGUAUAGAUGUGGAACCAGAUGACAACAAUGGUUGGUCUGCUAUCUACCCUUCGACGAGCAGCCAAUCCCAAUCCAUUUCAAGCGAUGAGCUUGCAGGACUUUCGACGACUCCGGAGUCUGCAAAAAGAAGGAAAUUAACCCAUGAGCGUUUAGUAGAGAAUUUGGAAAAAACUUCAGAUAUGUUUGAGAAAGAAAUGGAGUCCAUGAGAGGGGUGCAAGAAAGAAUAGUGGAACUAACCGAAAAAGCAGUUCUUUCGGAAGAGAAAAGGAAUGAUAUUUUAAAAGAAAUGAGUGAAAAUACGAAAAGUUUUUAUAAAGACCUGAAACUUACAAAAUGA